UUACAACAAAUAAAUUUUUAAUGUACAUAAUCGUGUAACUAAAAUCUGAAGAAUAGUUAAUUCAUUUUUACAAUAAUUCUGUUAUUAGUAUCAAUGAUUUCAUGUCAUUGCUGAAGUUGUUAAUUUCGGUCCUUCGAAGAGCAGUGUCUUCGUAGUUUGGUAUGGUUGUGAAAUUGGUUCGUUGUCUAUUUGCAUUUUACUGUUUGUCUGGAUAACUUCUGGUGAAAUCACCUCGCUUUCGAAAUGCCGAAGAAUAAGGGAAAGGGAGGUAAAAAUAGGAGGAGAGGAAAGAAUGAAAAUGAGACUGAAAAAAGAGAGCUGGUCUUCAAAGAAGAUGGCCAAGAAUACGCCCAAGUCACAAAAAUGUUGGGUAAUGGCAGGUUGGAAGCUAUGUGUUUUGAUGGAAUAAAGAGACUGUGUCAUAUUCGAGGAAAGUUGAGGAAAAAGGUUUGGAUCAACCAAGGUGAUAUUAUACUCAUUGGAUUGAGAGAUUAUCAGGAUGCCAAAGCUGAUGUGAUCCUGAAAUAUACACCUGAUGAGGCAAGAAACCUGAAAACAUAUGGUGAAUUUCCAGAAACAGUUCGUAUCAAUGACACUGUUACAUUUGUUGAGGAUGGAUUUGAUGAAGAUAUUGAAUUUGGAGAUGAAGUUAGUGAUGAAGGUGAAGCAGACCCAGUUGAUGCUAUAUGAUGAUUGAGGAACACCUGGUUCAUAUUUUAUGUGAGAGACCACUUCCAGACAGUGUUGCCAGCCAGUGUCUCUGGUAUCUAAAACAUUUACUAAAAAAAGGAAAUGACAAAAUAAGUCCUUGCAAUCUCAAUUUUGUGAUUUUUUUCAGUAUUGCAGAUAUGUAAUUAGCUGCUGUAAUGCUUAAAGAUUUUACUAUGAGGUUUGGAUAGAUCACUGAGAUUUUGAAUUUGCUGGAUUCUGAAGUUUUGCUUGAAACAUUUAAAUUUACAAUAAAAUUCUGUUUUACUGAUGAUUUUUUUGCUAUUUACUUCAAAACUUAUUUAUUGUGUUUUGAGAUGUAUAGUCCUCUAAUAGAAAACUGUAUGUCAUUAGUUAUAAAAUUUUAAAUGUACUUGUAUUAAAGGAUAUAAUAAAGGUAAUUUGAUGUUGA